UCCGCUUCCGGUCGCGGCGUCCCGGCUUGACGGGGAAGAGCUUGGCAUUGUGGGAACUCUUUCCUUUCUUGUUCCCCGGCCAUCUUGGCGGCCGCUCUUGGUUGGGACUCGUCCCGCACCUAAGGCAGGAAGAUGGUGGCCGCAAAGAAGACGAAAAAGUCGCUGGAGUCAAUCAACUCUAGACUCCAACUUGUUAUGAAAAGUGGAAAGUACGUGCUGGGGUACAAGCAGACUCUGAAAAUGAUCAGACAAGGCAAAGCGAAACUGGUCAUCCUCGCCAACAACUGCCCGGCUUUAAGGAAAUCUGAAAUAGAGUAUUACGCCAUGUUGGCCAAAACUGGUGUCCAUCACUACAGUGGAAAUAAUAUUGAACUGGGCACAGCCUGUGGAAAAUACUACAGAGUAUGCACACUGGCUAUCAUUGAUCCGGGUGAUUCUGAUAUUAUUAGGAGCAUGCCAGAACAGACUGGUGAAAAGUAAAUUGUGCAGUUUUUCUUUAAUAAAAUACAUCAGAGCUUGAUUUAAAA